AUGCCUAAUAAACCAAGAAGAACAUCUUCUCUUGGACAACAGAUCCAUAAGAGCCGGCUGUCGCUGGCGACGCUUGAUAGAAGGAACUCUCAGCUUAGUGAUGGAGCUAAGCAAACUUCACAGAUGUUGAAGAAGUUUGGAUCCGAGGAGCUUAAGGAAGUACGUUCCCAUACGGAUUUGGCAAGAACUGCCAAUGGCGUUAGAAUGCUUACGAAGAACAUUGCCAAGGCCACAAUUCAGCUUCAUGUGAGAGCCAUUAUGAUUGUCACCAAGGCUAGAGAUAACUCUUUGAUCUACUUGACGCGAGAGGUGGUGGAAUGGCUUCUUACUAGACAUGACGAUAUAACGGUGUAUGUGGAUGCCAAUUUGAAGAAACUGGCUCGGUUCUGUGCUGCUUCGAUCCUUAAAACGUACCCAAAGGCUCAGCAUUUGUUGAAAUACUGGAAUAAGGACCUUGUCAAGCGGAAACCUGAGAGCUUUGACUUGGUGCUUACAUUGGGCGGUGACGGUACUGUCUUGUACGUGCUGAACUUAUUCCAGAGGAUUGUUCCACCAGUGAUGUCGUUUGCGUUGGGCUCUUUGGGUUUCUUGACCAAUUUCAAGUUUGACCAGUUCCAACAGCGAAUGACCACCGUUCUUGAUACUGGCGUUCGUGCUUAUAUGAGAAUGAGAUUCACCUGUCGAAUCCAUAGAAGCGACGGAAGCUUAAUUUGUGAACAACAAGUUCUCAAUGAGCUUGUUGUGGACAGAGGCCCUUCUCCAUAUGUAACAAACUUAGAGCUUUAUGGAGACGGAUCUCUUCUUACUGUUGCACAAGCAGACGGAUUGAUUAUUGCAACUCCUACUGGAUCUACUGCCUAUUCCCUUUCUGCUGGUGGUUCGCUUGUGCAUCCAGGAGUGAGUGCCAUUCUGGUUACUCCAAUCUGUCCUCAUACGCUUUCUUUUAGACCAAUCCUUUUACCUGACGGCAUGUUUCUCAAAGUCAAGGUGCCAGCCGAGAGUAGAGCUUCAGCCUGGGCAUCUUUCGACGGUAAAGUUCGUACCGAACUCAAUAAGGGAGAUUAUGUGACUGUCCAGGCAAGUGCAUUCCCCUUCCCAACAGUUAGACUGUCAAAGACCGAAUAUUUCGACUCUGUGAGCCGAAACUUGAACUGGAACGUUCGUGAGCCACAAAGGCCAUUCUCUCAUUUCCUUACUGGUAAUAACAAAUCUGAGUUUGAACAACACCAGCGAAAUGGAGGCCAGGAAGACCUUCAAGACCGCCUUGCUGGUUUAGGAGUUAACGAUAGAGACGACUACGAUAUUGACUGGUCUGAUGAUGACAAUAAAGACGAAAAUGAGCUGUCUGAAGUGCAACUGCUGCUGCUGCAGUUGGCUAUUGAUUUCAAGAAGGACCAGGCACAUGGCAGUGUUCCAGGAGAGAUGGAUGAAGAAAUGCUCGACUAUAAUGUGGUAGAGCCUUUCCUUCCUCUGCCAAGCAACGAAAUCCGUACUCCUACUGGCCAUAACUAUGGUGUGGAUGAUAGAGAGUGUUACACUCAUCCUAAUGCUACCAUCCUGCUUUACGGUGAUUCUUCGGGGAAUUCCGAUGAGACGGAACAGUCUUGA